UGGUUGUUCAAGGACGAUUUGUUCAUUCAUUCAUUCAUUCCAUAUGUUUUUGUUUGGGCGAGAUAAUACAAUGGUCAGGACUUCAGAUCCUGGAGUCCGUCAAACUCGAUUCCUUUGUUAGUUCUUUCAUUUACUGGGUGGCCCAGUUACCCAACCUUGUUAUGCCUCAGUUUCCCCCUUGAUAAAAUGAGGACAGCAAUAGUAUCGUCCCCACACGGUUCUUGGAAGAAUAAUUUAAAAUGCUGCGUGUGAGGGUCACAGCACACCGCCCCAUGCAUAGUUGAUACUUAGUUCCUGCCCUCGGUGUAGCUGGAACCCGCUCUCAGAGACCCCUACAGACGAGGAAAGUUGACACCUGACCCAGUCUGGUGGGGUGAGCAGCAGACAGAGAGGAGUUUCUGGGGAAGGUGGUGCUCAAUGGGGUUUUAAUGGAUGACUAGGAGUUUGCUGGCUGAAACGAUGGGGUAAAGCAAAGUUUUUCCAGGAUGAGGGAACAGCAAGGACAAGGAUGGGUGUGCACAUAUGUGCAUGAAACCCUGUGGCUUGUUCUAGAAACUCCAGAGCACAAGGGAGGGAAGGGGUGAGCGACCUAUGAGGCUGGGGAUGCAGGUGGAGCCACAACAGGCGGGGCUGCCAAUGCCGGGCUCAGGGGCUCGGACCUUAUCCUGGGGGCGAUGGGAAGACAGCGCCCGGGCGAACAAGCUAAUCCUUCAGUUCACAGGUGGGGAAACCGAGGCCGGUGCUCAGACCUGCGUGGUGGCCCCUAUGCUUUCCAGCUCAGGCUGCCAGCUCCCGCUCAGACACCCCAGAAGACAGCUGCCCCCCACCUGCCGGCGAGCUCAGGACAACGAGGGAACGGAGCAGUGGAUCUCCACAUCUGAGCCUCAGUUUCUCCACCUGCAUGGUGGAGCCGUUAAGAGGAGCCAACUCGUCGGGCUCGGCACAGCAUGGAGCCCGCCAUCCUUCAAGGACACGGGCUUCCUGAGAGAAUGGAGAAGGGCCGUGGGAGUGAAGGGCGUGAGACUGGAGAGGGGCUGGUUCCGGCAGCGGGAGCCGCGGACCGACGGGAAAAUGGGCCAGCACCGCCCCCGCGUGGCGGCUCCGAGUUCUGCACCCGGGGCUUCCCGCGAGGGAGACCGUCCUCUGUCCACACGCAGGAGGAGGGACCAGGGCGUCUGCAACCCUCCAGCGAAAGUUCCAGCGACGCCGUGAGUCCGUUCCUAACGGACGUUCGCGACGCCUUCCCCGGAAAACGCAAGAGUUCCCGUCAUCCUCUUCAGAAGCUGCCUUUUCGGAUCGUGAGCGAAAUGAAAUUGUUUCUCAUCAGAUGAGAAAAGGCCGGAGUCACGGUCCGGGGCGAAGGCCGGGCUCUGGGAUUGGGGAAUCCUGUGUCUUCUCAUUGCUGAGCCUGAGAGGAAGAGAGACAGAGACACACAGAGACAUGAGCGAGAAAGAGAGACCAAGACGAUAAAGUGGGGACCAAAGAGACAGACCCAGCCCGCCACCGCCGCCCUCUUCCCACUCACCUUGUUGAAGAAGUAGAUGGAGGCGAGGAUGGU